CAUUUAAUUAUGGGUUUAUAAACACAGUUUCAUUUCAACUGAGGAUCACAAAAUUUCACUUUCCUUCUUCACCAAAUUUUACCCCGUCGGAGUAAUACUUCAAUCUUCAGUAUGUCGCAGCCAUCGCCGCUUCCGAAGAGCUCCGAUGAUCAAACUGUGAUGUAUAUUCGUGUAAAACGGAACAAGACAACUUACUUUCUGCAAUGUCUGCCGAGCGAGACAGUUCUACAAAUUAAGGAGAAGUUGGAAGAACUCCUUGAUCAACCAGUCAAUGAUCAACGUUUGACUUUAUUGCCGAAUCGGGAAAUAUUAGACGACUCAAAAUCACUGGCUGAUCAGAAGGUUGAGAAUGAUGCUGUUGUUGCCCUAACUCUGAGAAAAGAUGACAGCGAAUUUGAAGAGGUGAACAUUGUGAGAGCGAAUGAUUUUUACCAAUCCCGGGAGACAGAUGCCGGUUUCUGAUUGGUUGUUGGAUUGCUUUAUGGUCACUGGAUUUUUCGAUUCUAGAGCAGCUUUUCGUGUCUUGAUGGAGUUUUCUUGUCUUGAGACGUUCGAAUGAUAUUAUAGCCUUUCGUAUAAUUGUGAGGCCAUAAAAUAUAUUGAAAUUCUUGGUCGAUAGAAUCAUGGGAAACUUUUAAUCUCCUAUUAUUAAGAGAAAAGAAGCUGCAAUUGUCUGAAUUAAAUUCCAAUAUCUUAU